AACUAUUCAGUAUGUUUCGACUUGCGCCAUUUGGCAACACUGGCGCUGCAUUAGCGGCAAAAAAAAAAUUAAUUUUUUGCCAUUUACGUUGGCGUAAAGUUCUGUCGCACAACAAUUGCAAAGCUCCCCAGCUGGGUUUGAGCGGCGGCGGAAUAAGAGAAAAACAAACCAAAAGACACGGCAAAUCAGUCUAGUCAACAAAGCAGACCAAAUGAGCACGCACUUCGAGACUAACGAGCAGCACAAACUAAGCCAAAAAUAAAGCUAAAGAUAUAAGAGAUAAUAGGCAAGAAGAAGAAGAGGCAGGAGUACACACACUCGCACAUAACCACAUACACUGAGAAAAAUCGGCGGCAGGAUGCGGGUGGUGGCCAUGGUCAGUGGCGGCAAGGAUAGCUGCUACAACAUGAUGCAGUGCGUCGCCGAGGGCCACGAAGUCGUCGCCCUGGCCAAUCUGCAUCCCAAGGACAGAGACGAGCUGGACAGCUUCAUGUACCAGACGGUCGGCCACAUGGGCAUCGAGAUUCUGGCCAGCGCCAUGGGAUUGCCGCUCUACCGGCGCGAAACCAAGGGCAAGAGCACCCAGACCGGCAAGCAGUACGUGCCCACCGAUGACGACGAGGUCGAGGAUCUAUAUAGUCUGCUGGAGACAUGCAAGCACGAACUUCAGGUUGAUGCAGUGGCCGUGGGCGCCAUCCUGUCCGACUACCAACGCGUUCGGGUGGAGAACGUGUGCAGCCGUCUGAACCUUAUAUCCCUGGCCUAUCUGUGGAGGAGAGAUCAGACUGAAUUGCUGCAGGAGAUGAUCGACUGCCAGGUGCAUGCCAUCAUCAUUAAGGUGGCUGCUUUGGGCCUCGUGCCGGAUCGACACCUGGGCAAAUCGCUGCGCGAGAUGCAGCCGCACCUGCUGAAGAUGCGCGACAAGUACGGACUGAAUGUGUGCGGCGAGGGGGGCGAGUACGAGACAUUCACCCUGGACUGCCCGCUCUUUCGCCAGCGGAUCGUGAUCGAGGACAUCCAGACGAUCAUCAGCAGUGCCGAUCCCAUCUGCCCGGUUGGCUACAUCAAUUUCACCAAACUGACGCUGCAGCCAAAGGAGGCGGCGGGCGGAGCGGCCAGCGGCGGCGGCAUUGGCGGCAUUGGCGGCGGCGGUGAUGUUGUGUUUGUUAAACGUUCGCUCGACUAUAUUAGCGAUCUGAACGAAUCGACAUACAGCGACCUCAGCGAUCCGGACUUUAGUGAAACGGAACUGGAGCUGAUCGAGAAGGAGACACGGCUGCGCGAAUCGCUCAGCCAAAGCGAGCUGAUCUCGCGCAGCAACUCCUUUGGCCGCCAUCUGGCCGCCACCGCCUCCUCGCCGAUACCCAUUGUCACGAAGAGCGCCAGCGUCGACGAGCCCACAGCGGCGGCGGCGGUGGCGCCCGUGCUAGGUGGACUGGGAGGAGGACCGCCCACCUGUUCCACCUCAGCCUGUGCGUCCAUGCUGCUGACCACCACCGCCAACGAUGGCGGCAGCCUGGCCAGCUCACAGUUGUCUGGCCAGGGCGGUGGCCAUGGGCUUGGCAGCAGCACGGCCGCCGUGUGCGGCUCGCUGUCGCUGGCCAUCUCCUCGCUUGGGCUCAGCGGCAACACGUGCUGUCAUCCGGGGAGCGGAGCUGGCAUUGGUGCACCCUUGGCCAUCACACAGCCGCCCAGUCCGCUGAAGUACGAGCGGGAAUUCCGUCCACUGGCCAACGAGGCCAGAGCGGCCAUCAAUGCCAAGGGCUGGAUGUGGCUGGCGGGCAUACAGGGCUCCGGACCGGAUGGCAUUGAGCAGGGAAUGCAGCAGGCACUGGACACGCUGCGCGAUCUGUGCCAGGCCAAGGGCUACGAUCUGCAGGAUCUGUGCUAUGUCACGCUCUAUGUGCGCUCCAUUGGCGAGUACCCGGCGCUGAAUCGGAUCUAUCACCGCGCCUUCGACUUUCACAAUCCGCCGACGCGCGUCUGCGUCGAGUGUCCGCUGCCCGACGGCUGCCAUGUGGUGAUGGAGGCCAUCGCCUACCGCCAGCCGGUGGCCGGGUCGAUAUCCAGUGCCGAGGAGCGGGAUCGCGAGGGCGAGGAGACGGCGGCGGCGCUGCUCAAUGGACGCCGGAAUACGAUGCAUGUGCAGGGCAUCUCGCACUGGGCGCCGGCCAACAUUGGUCCAUACAGCCAGUCAACCAGGAUUGGCGACAUUACGUACAUUUCCGGCCAGAUCGCCCUGGUGCCCGGCAGCAUGACAAUCAUCGAGGGCGGCAUCCGCCCGCAGUGCAAGCUUACGCUGCGCCACAUCAGUCGCAUUGCCAAGGCGAUGAACGCCCACGGCCAGCUGCGGGAUGUGGUGCACGGCAUCUGCUUUGUGACCCAUCCGGCCUUCAUCGGUGAGGCUCGUCGCCAGUGGGAGCGCCGCACCACCAAUGCGAUCAUGGACUACAUUGUGCUGCCGGCGCUGCCGCGGGAGGCACUCGUGGAAUGGCAGGUGUGGGCGCACACCCACAACGAUCGAUUCGAUUAUGAGGAGACUGGCUGUUCGGUGGGUGACUACACCAUCUCGAUACGACGUCGCUGGAACUAUGAGAAUAAUUGCGCGGCCAUUGUCUGCUACGUGUCCACUGGCCUGGCCUCGUCCACCACCCAAUUGACACAGCUGAGCGACGACAUUCUGGGCAACCACUGCCGUCUGGCGCAAUCGGUUAGUGCCGAGCAUCUGGACGAGAUCCUCACGUAUGUGGUGAAUCGUCUGCUGAAGGACUAUCCGCUGGCCAAGAAGCAAACGCCGCAACAGCCGGCAAACUCGGGAUCGCCACCAGCGGCCACGCCAACGCAACCCGGCGGCGCUGGCGGAGAUCAGCACCAGUCUUUGCCGGCCAUUCACCUGAAGCUCUUCUACCAGGUGAACGCCGCACCGGCAACGGAUCUGCUGCUCCAGGCGCUGCACGAUUUCCGGCUCAAGUGCCAGGAUACGGCCGCCAUUGUCUACACAGUGCUGCCCGCCUGCAGUCUGCACAACUUCAGUACGUUCCUGUCCAUUUGCGGGGUGAGGCAUGAAUAGGAGCCACACGGAUGAUGAGGAUGAUGAUGAUGAUGAUGAAACGAUUUGCUGCCACCGCACCAAGCAGAACACAGAAUACAUAUAUAUAUAUAUAUAUAUAUACACCACUAUAUAUACACAGAUAUAUGAAUAAUUGAUGGGUCACUAUUUGGUUUGACGAAGAAUCGCAUUGACAGAAAGUAAUCUUUGGAUAAUUUGAAACCAGUUGGCCUUUAAAACUGUGCCGCUAUGUUGAGCAAAUUUAUUACAUUUUUUUUUUUCAUAUUCAUAUUUGAAAGGUUCUUUGACCUGUUCUAUAUCUGACUUUUAAAGUUGUUAAGCAUGAAAUAGCUAUUAUUUGUUUUUAUUGUAAAUGGAAAAAAAGUCAAACUAAAAACCAAUUUCAAGCUACCCUUUUUCCAAGAAAAUGUUUUCUAAACUGUACGAUCUUUAAAGUUCCCUUCAUUUCUUGUGACUUGUGAAACGAUAGCAAUUAAUAGAAGGUAAAAUGCCAAGUAUUAUCCAACGAUUACUUUGUAGUCCCACAAAUUUUCAGUUUGCAAAAUAUUUCAAACCGACCCAACUGAACUUUAAAAGCAGCUUGCCCUAUGUUGAUAUUGUUAACUAGCAGACGAUCCUUAGAUCUAAAAGAA